GACUGUCACGAUGUAAUAAAAUUCAGUUCCUUGAAAAUAAGUAUCAAACAACGUCGUUACCAUGAAUUCCUUAUUGAUUUGUUUCAUUGUUGCUGUUAGCUUGAAUCAGGUAUUAUCUGCAUCAGUUCCGGCAAAUCCUGAUACCAGUAAACCAAAUCCGGGAUCUGAUGAUGUGGUGGCCCAAGUAGUGUCCAAGUUAUCUGAACAAGCAGGAUCAUUUAAAAAUAUUUUAGAUAAUGUCCGACAAAAGAACAUAGAUCCAGCUGUCGAUUCCAUAAAAGAUAUUGUGAAUAAAACUAAUAGUGUUAUAUUCAGUACUGAAACAGUGAAUAACAUAAAUAAAGUAACCAAUUCUAUUCAACAUAGCGUAUCAGAUGUUAGUAAUUCAGCUUCUAAAUCUGUAAACACCGAUGAUUUCUUUGCAUUAUUGCAAUCAUUAAGACACGAUAUAUCAACUAUUGUAGAAAAUCACAAAAACGAUGUUCCGGGUGGAUCAAAAAUUGUAGAUUCCAUCGAUAGUAUUCUUGACAUUCUCAAGAAUGGAAUUGAAAAAACUGAUGUAUAAUUCGAUUAAUAUAUAAACCAUAAGAAAUGUAUAUCAAAUUUUUAUCGAUAAUAAAUCAAUGAUAAUUUGAAAAAAAAUUGAA